CCAACGUGCCCAAGAAAGUAUGAAAGAGCCCCGGCCCCAUACCAGAGAGCGACCUGCCCCCUGGACACGAGCCCAGCUUCUGUCCCGAGGGCGGGGGGCUGGUCCCAUGGGGGCAAACUCAGCUCCCUUCCCAAGAGGGGCUGGUCCCAUGGGGGCAAACUCAGCUCCCUUCCCUAGAGCAUCCGGACUCCUGGGCACAAUCCCAGCUACCAUCCCGAGAGGGGUUGAACUCCAAAACAUGAGCCAGGAUCUCCUGCCAAGGCCUGGUGGCCUCUUGGGUACAACUCCAGCUCCCAUGCCAGGCGGGGCCAUGUGCUUGGGCCAGAACUGUGCUCCUAGCACAAGGGGGACCCGACCUCAAGACACAAGUCAAGCUCCCUUCCCCAGGGCAGGUGGCCUCUUGGGCAUUAGCCCAACUCCCAUCCCAAGGGGCACUGGAGCCCUGGGCCCAAACCCAGCUAUCUUCCCAAGGGCAGGUGGCCUCCUGGGUGCUAGCCCAGCUCCCACCUUGCUGGGAACUGGAGCCCUGGGCCAAAGCCCAGUUCCCCUACCAAGGGCAGGUGGGCUCCUGGGCCCAAGCCUAGUUCACACCCCAAGGACACGUGGCCUCCUUGGCACUAGCCCAACUUCCACCCCCAGGGGCACGGGUGCUGUGGUCCAGAACCCAGCUACUCUUCCAAGAGCAGGUGGGCUCCUGGGCCCCAGCCCCGCUCCUGUCCCUAAAGCAGGUGGCCUCCUAGGGACUAGUCCGGCUCCCAUCUCAAGGGGCACCGGAGCCCUGGGCCCCAGACCAGGUCCCGUCCCGACGGUGACCGGAGCCCUGGGCCCCAGACCAGGUCCUGUUCCUAGGGCAGGUGGCCUCCUGGGCCCCAGCUCAGCUCCCAUCUCUAAAGCAGGUGGCCUCCUAGGCACUAGUCCGGCUCCCAUCUCAACGGGCACUGGAGCCCUGGGCCCCAGACCAGGUCCCAUCCCGACGGCAACUGGAGCCCUGGGCCCCAGACCAGGUCCCGUCCCGACGGCAAGCGGAGCCCUGGGCCCCAGACCAGGUUCCGUACCUAGGGCAGGUGGCCUCCUGGGCCCAAGCCCAGCUCCCAUCACAAGGGCAGGUGGCCUCCUGGGUCCUAGUCCGGCUCCCAUCCCAAGGGGCACUGGAGCCCUGGGCCCAAGUCCAGCUCUAAUCCCCAAGCCAGGUGGUCUUCUGGGUCCAAAUCCAGCUCCCAUCUCAGUGGGAACUGGAGCCCUGGGCCCAAGCCCAGCUCCCAUUGUGAGGGUAGGUGGCCUCCUAGGCCCGAGCCCAGCUGCCAUGCUGAGGGGGACUGGAGCCAUGGACCGGGGCCCGGGCCCGGCUCCCAUGCCGAGGGGGACUGGAGGCCUGGGCCCGGGCCCGGCUCCCAUGCCGAGGGGGACUGGAGGCCUGGGCCCGGGCCCCAUGCCGAGGGGGACUGGAGGCCUGGGCCCGGGCCCCAUGCCGAGGGGGACUGGAGUCCUGGGCCCGAGCCCGGGCCCGGCUCCCAUGCCGAGGGGGACUGGAGUCCUGGGCCCGAGCCCGGGCCCGGCUCCGGCUCCCAUGCCGAGGGGGACUGGAGGCCUGGGCCCGGCUCCCAUGCCGAGGGGGACUGGAGUCCUGGGCCUGGGCCCGGGCCCGGCUCCGGCUCCCAUGCCGAGGGGGACUGGCCUCUUCACCACUAGACCAGCUGACAGCCUAUCUAUGAAUCCGUUCCCCUUUCCCAGGGAAGGAGGACCCUCAAGUGCAACCCCAGCUACCAUUGCAGGGAUUGGCUCACCCUUGCACAUGAAUCUGGCUCCCAGCACAAGGGCUGGUGGCCUCCUAGGUAUGAGCCCAGCUCCAGUUCCAAGAACAACUGGCUCCCUGGGCAUGAACACCGCUCCCAUCACACAGGGGCCUGCCAUGCUGGACACUAGACCUACCGGUCCCCUGGGUCAAUCUCCCUUCCCUGGGGCAGCUGGUCCCCAGAGUGUGAACCGGACUCCGUUCCCCAGGGUGGGUGAGCCCCAGAGCAUGAACCCCAUCCCCUUCUCCAAAGCAGCUGGCCCCCUGGGGCCAAAUCCAACUCCCUGCCCUAGGCCAACUGGCCCCCUGGGGCUAAACCCAACUCCCUUCCCCACACCUGCUGGCCCCAUGGCUGUGAACCCAGCUGUUCUCUUUCCUAAUGGGACAUUGUCAUCUCCCAUUAACAACACAGCCAGGCUGCGAUGGUGCUGAUUCUCUCCUGACCCCCUACCCUGGAGAGAAGAUCAAGAGUGCAGCCAUACUCCUGCCACCUGCCUUGCCAACAAACUAGGACCUAGCACAGUCUCAGCUUUUCCUAGAGCCUUGCUGGGUUCUGGACUCCAGGGGUUCGUAGGCCAGCAGCCCCUCGUCCUCCUAGAUGUGGUGGAGCACUGUGUUUGGGUGACGCACUCCUCAGGGAAUGCAGAUCUCAGGCCCAGUGACUCCAGCACUACCACCUUGCUGCACAACAGGGAAUCCAGGAGGCCCCAUCUCGGUCUGGCCGUAGUGCUUGGAACUGGAACAAUGAGCCACAGGAGGCUGUUCUGAAGCAGGCCCCUUGGUGUAACCCUGACCACGCCGCUGCUGCUGGAGACAGCAGGUGGCAUCACCUUUCCUUCUCAGCAGGAGCCAACUGACCUUUUGUUCUGGGUUUGUGUUCCUUCUUCCUGCCCCUUGAAUAAAAGUGACAGGAGGUCAGUGGGCCUGCACUGGCUCCUAUGUCAUCCCAGUGCCACAGGAACAGCAACCCUGCCUCAGCCAGGAGGGACAGGGCCACGCUGGACACUGAACCCUCCUUACUGCAGCAUGGAGCAGCUGCUAUUCAGCUACUGGAGUAAACCCUUGGGAAUUCUGCCCCCCUUGGACCCCUCCAGGGCAAGGCUGGGGCGGAAGUGGCCCUACCUGGGUGGCAGGAGCGUAGGCUGAGGUGGCCCUGCUGCUCAUGAACAUGGCCCUGGGGAAGGCACUCAGUUACCAAGCCAGGCUCCUGGCAGAGCUGCUCUGGCUAUGGGUGGGGACUCAGUUCUAGGGCCAAGAAGGCAGCUGCCCCCCCAAGAUACUCCCCCAGCCUUCCUGUGUGCAAAUCUCUUUAUUAUGACAAAUCCAUUGUGAUAUAAAAACAGACCUUUUAAAAAAAUGAAAAAAUGCAGGUAAAAAAUAAAUAGAUUUACAAACAAUGGUAGCAAUAAGUGUAAAUAUCAAAGCGCUACAAAAGUCUCCUAAAAACCUUGUAUUAAAUGGAGUAAGUCA